AUGGACAGGAACUACCCGGCCGCCGGGUUCGGGGAUCCGCUGAGCGCCGGGCCCGGCUGGAGCUACGAGCGCUCGGCCAAGGCCAGCCUGGUGUACGGGGGCUCGCGGGGGUCACACCCCGACCCCGACCUGCUGCACCGGCAGCCCUACGGAGCCCCCCACCCGCUGCAGGGCUAUGCGGCCAACCACCACCCGCCAGGUCUGUCAGGACUGUUUGAGACCGGGCUCCACCACGCCGGUGGCGCGGCUCCCGACGCCUCGGUGAUGAAUCUGAUCUCGGCUCUGGAGUCUCGGGGUCCCCAGCCCGGCCCCUCGGCCUCGUCGCUGCUCUCCCAGUUCCGCACCCCGUCCUGGCAAACUGCCAUGCACACUCCAGCUCCAGCCGAACUCUUCAUCUCCGGCGCCCUCCCCGCUUCCGGAACCUUCCCUUCCUCCUCGGCCCUGGGUCCCUACCAGCACCCGGCGUCCUUCGGCAGCCGCAGCUUCCCGGUGGGGUCCCCGCUCAGCCUCCCCGAGGCCGCCUUCAGCCCCGGUUCCAACGGGCUGCUGUCGCCGCACGACCCCCUGCUCCACAUCAAGCCCAGCCAGCCCUCCGUGCCCUCCUCGCUGGGCUUCGACCGCCUGGGUUCGGCCGUGCUGGGCUCGGCGCUGCCGGCGCAGACGCCGCCGUACCGCCCGGCGCCCGGCUCGUCGCAGUUCAACCUGCUGUCGGCGCCGCUGCCGGCGGAACAACCGCCGCAGCUCUACAACGCGCCGGUUUUCGGGGGUACGGCCGGAGGAGGGACGGCCGGAGGAGGCGGCGAUCGCGCCAUAUCGCGACAGGACAGCGUGAUCAAGCACUACCAGCGACCCGGCGGCGCCCAGGCGCAGCUGGCGCCGGCGCCGAGCCUGCAGCACUACCUGAGCUGCGGCGGGUCGUACCAGCAGGUCGCGGCUCACCGCGCGCCGCUGUCCUGCAGCCCGCUGGGGGAGCAGUCGCCGGCCAGCUCCGAGGGGUCUCAGCAGCCCCCCAAAAACCCGCCGGCGGCUCCUCGUGCCGAGCCCGGUUACCGACCCAUCAUCCAGUCGCCGGCUUAUUCCGGGAACGGCAACGGCGGCGCGGCCGGCGGCGGAGCGGCCGGGAAGUCCAAGAGCUACUCGGCGUCGCGGCAGCCGCCGCCGCGUUCCACCAACACGCCCAAGUGCCAGAGCAGCUACACGCCCGGCACGCCGAAGCCCAGCUCCGUCAUCGCCAGCCAGUCGCCGGCUUACUCGCCGGGCCAGCCUCCCCAGAGCCUGCUGGCCAUGGGGGGAGCUCCGGCUUACAGCGCGGCCGGGGCGCCCCAAAACUUAGCGGGACCCGCGCAGCCCUCGGCGGGGUUCAGCGGCGGCCAAGCCGGGGAGCUGGCGGGGAAAAGCGGUGGCUACCAGGGCGGCGGCCAAAGCGGCGGCCAAAGCGGGCUGCAAGGCUGCGGAACCUACUCGCCCGAGCAGCUGCAGGCGCUGCCCUACGGCGUCCAGCCCGAGGGGGGACAAACGGGGGGCUACGGCCCCCCGGCCCCCUCGCAGGGUUUGCCCACGGCCAGCCCCUCGCUGAGUUACAGCACCGGGCACUCUCCGGCCAUGCCGGGGCCGCCGCUGCCCUACGCCGGUUUGGGAGGGUCCAGCCCUUCUCCCAUCAUCCGGCCGCUGCAGUCGCCGCCGGCCGGGCGGCCGCAGAGCGGGGCGUCGCCCGGGCAAUCCCAAAAAUAUUUGGGCUCGGUGUUGUCGCCGUCUUUCAUGACGCCGCAGGGUUACGGGGCGGCGGCGGCGGCGGCGGCGGCGGCGGGAGGGAUGGAGCGGCCGCCCGCCGCCCCCGGAGCGCCGCCGAGUUUCGGGAAAGGAGGGAAAGGCGACGCGGAGCUGCUGGCGGCGGAGCGCAGCGAGGACGAGGAUUUCCUGAUCCAGCACCUCCUGCAGGCGCCCAGCCCGCCCCGGGAGGGUUUGGGGGGCUGCGAGGAGCGCCCCAAAAGCAUGGCCGGCUACGCGGGGGCGCUGGGCAAGGAGGAGCGCUACCAACUGCAGAGCGUCAUCCGGCCCAACUCCAACCUGGAGGCUCCGCUGGAGCUGGCGCUGCUGAAGGAGAAGAAAAAACCGGAGAGAGGCAAAGAAUUCCGGGGGGCCGGCGGCGGAGGGGCCGGAGGAGGGGGCGAGGGGCUGGCGGCCACCUCGCUGCUGCUGGAAGCUCACCUGCACCAGGUGCGCUCGCAAGGGCUGGACCCUCAGGCCCCGCCGCCGCUUCCCCCGGACUCCAUGGAGGUGUUGCCCCCUCCCCAAGAAAUCCAGGAUUUCCUGGAGCCCCCCCUGGGUUUGGAACCUCACCUGGGGCAGAGCGCCGGCGUGCAAGGCCCGGCCGGACACCUGCUGGACCCCGAGGCGGGGGUCCCGGCCGUGCCCACCGAAGCCAAGGAUCAGUUUUCCGAAGGGGGGAGCCCGGCCGGGGGCAAGGGGCGUUUCGUUCCCCUCACCUCCAUCUGCUUCCCGGACGCUCUGCUGCAGGACGAGGAUCGCGGCUUCUUCCCCGGCAUGGAGGACAUGUUCGGGCCGCCGCCCGAGGAUUUCCCCAAGGCCGGCGAGGAGGAGGAGGAGGAGGACGGCGGCAACGCCGGGGCCGGGCUGGAGGGGCGAGGAGAAGGCUUGAAGCCCCCUCCUCCUUACGACAUGGGGCAGAGCUACCCCUCCUUCUGCCCCCAGGACGGAGGAGCCGGCGGGGACCCCCCUCAGCUGGGCUUGGAGCCCCCCAAACACGAGCUGCCCUCCACGGUCAACGCGGAGCCGCUGGGUUUGAUCCAGAGCACGGGCGAGGGCGUCCCCAAGCCCCCUCCUCCUCUCAGCACGCCUUUAUUCUGCUCCUCCAAACCCAAGAAGCUGCUGAAAACCUCCUCCUUCCACCUGCUGCGGAAGAGGGACCCCUUCCCGCCCCCCAAGAAAACCUACGCGCAGGAGUACGAGUUCGAGGACGACGAGGACAAGGCGGACGUGCCCGCCGACAUCCGCCUCAACUCGCGGCGUCUGCCCGACCUCCUCCCCGACCUCAUCUCCAGCUGCCGCCGGCCCCCGCUCACCCCCAUGGGCGACAUCGAUUUCUGUCCCCAUCCCGGAGCCCACGCCGCCCCCAAAAAGAGAGGGAGGAAACCCACCAAGCCCAAGAGGGAAGGACCCCCCAGGCCAAGGGGGAGGCCGAGGAUUCGGCCCCUGGAGCCGCCCGGGUUCCCCGACGGAGCCAAGAGGCCGAGGGGGAGAGGGAGAGGAAGGGGGAAGAAGGGAGGAGAGGAGGGAGAAGGGAUGGAGCCGCUGAAGCCGCUCAAGCCGCCCCCGGACCCCUCGCAGAGCCGGAUGAAGCAGAAGCUGCGCGAGGUGGAGGAGAAACAACCCGAGAUGAAGUCGGGGUUCAUGGCCUCCUUCCUGGACUUCCUGAAAUCCGGGAAGCGCCAAACCCUCCCCCCCAGCCCCUCCAAGCCCCCCAAAACCGGCGGGGGACCCCCAAACUUCCCCCCAUCGGUGCUGGGGGGGUCUCUGGAGGCGGGGGAGGGCGAGGGGCUGGUGAUGGCGUGUCCUUCGCCCUGCAAGCGCCUGGACGAGGAGCUCAAGAGGAACCUGGAGACGCUGCCGAGCUUCUCGUCCGACGAGGAGGAUUCGGUCAGCAAGAACCAGGACCUGCAGAAGAGCAUCAGCUCGGCCAUCUCGGCCCUGGAUGAGCCCCCCGAGCGCAGGGAGCCCGAGCCUCACGGACCUGGGUGGGUACUGAGCUGCCAGGACCUGCAGAAGAGCAUCAGCUCGGCCAUCUCGGCCCUGGAUGAGCCCCCCGAGCGCAGGGAGCCCGAGCCCCACGGUGAGCUGCCAGGACCUGGGGUGGGUACUGAGCUGCCAGGACCUGGGGGAGCUGGGGGGCACUGUGAGCUGACAGGACCUGGGUGGGUACUGAGCUGCCAGGACCUGCAGAAGAGCAUCAGCUCGGCCAUCUCGGCCCUGGAUGAGCCCCCCGAGCGCAGGGAGCCCGAGCCUCACUGUGAGCUGCCAGGACCUGGGGGAGCUGGGGGGCACUGUGAGCUGACAGGACCUGGGUGGGUACUGAGCUGCCAGGACCUGCAGAAGAGCAUCAGCUCGGCCAUCUCGGCCCUGGAUGAGCCCCCCGAGCGCAGGGAGCCCGAGCCUCACGGACCUGGGUGGGUACUGAGCUGCCAGGACCUGCAGAAGAGCAUCAGCUCGGCCAUCUCGGCCCUGGAUGAGCCCCCCGAGCGCAGGGAGCCCGAGCCUCACGGACCUGGGUGGGUACUGAGCUGCCAGGACCUGCAGAAGAGCAUCAGCUCGGCCAUCUCGGCCCUGGAUGAGCCCCCCGAGCGCAGGGAGCCCGAGCCUCACGAGCGGGCCCCGCCCGGGCGGCUGCUGAACACGAGGGCGAUGAAGGAGAUGUACCGCAGCUACGUGGAGAUGUUGGUCAGCACCGCCCUGGACCCCGACAUGAUCCAGUACCUGGGCUAUUUUGGGGACGCCAAGCACCGGUACCAGCGGCUGUACGUGAAGUUCCUGGAGAACGUCAACAAGAAGGAUUACGUGAGGGUGUGUUCCCGGAAACCCUGGCACCGCCCACUGGCCCUCAGAGCCCGAGUGAGCCCCGGCGGUCGCGGUGUUCCCCCAGAUGAGCUGUACCUGCCGCCCAUGCGCAAGAUCGACGGGAUCCUCAACGAGCACAAGAAGAAAGUGCUCAAGAGAGUGACCCUGAACCCCAGCCUGCAGGAGGCCCUGCACACCUUUCCCCAGCUGCACACCGAGCCCGCCGAGUCCCUGGUGCGGCUGCGCCCGGGGGGAGACCCCUACAACCGCAAGACCCUCAGCAAGGUCAAGAGGAGCGUGGGGAAACCACAGGAGUUCAAGGUGGAGGUGGAGAAGUCGUUCCUGUACACCCUGUACCACUCCCUGCACCACUACAAGUACCACACCUUCCUGCGCUGCAAGGACGAGACGACGGCCAUCGAGGGCCGCGCCGAGGACCUGGGUCAGGAGGAGGUGGUGCAGCGCUGCAUGCGCAACCAGCCCUGGCUCGAGCGCCUCUUCGACUCCUUCAGCGACCUCCUGGCCCAGGCGCGCGCCAAGUGCGCCUGAGACCCCCCCCAAAACACGGGGGAGCC